UUCCUUCCAGCGCGCCGGGUUUGUCCGGUCCUUUGUUACAGGCGAACCGGUUGUCAGGAAGUGAGCGCAGUUCCGGCGGCCUGAGGGAGGUUUUGUUUGAAGCUGGGGUUUGAGGUAGCGGCGACUCAUCCGGACACCAUGGGGAAGAGGCAGCACCAGAAAGAUAAAAUGUACAUUACCUGUACAGAAUAUACAAAUUUCUAUGGUGGCAAGAAAGCAGUUAUUCCACAAGCAAACUUCCGCCGCUUGCCCUUUGACCACUGCAGCUUAUCUCUUCAACCCUUUGAGUACCCUGUGUGUACCCCUGACGGAAUGGUAUUCGAUCUCCUGAGUAUAAUUCCAUGGAUAAAGAAAUUCGGAACCCAUCCAACCACUGGAGAGCUAAUCAUUGCUUUUGACUGAUACAGCAGGAAACUGUGGAUAAAGAUGUCAUCAUUCAUUCCCUGGGUUUGAAAACAUGGGAAAGAUGAUUAGGAAGCUAAGCACAUGAAGAUCUUUUUGUUCCUUUUGUUUUUAAAAGAUUGAAACUUGAGUUUUGGGACAAAUGUACUUUUUCAGAUGACUGUGAUGAUAAGAGCGUUGGAAAAGCAUUCCUUUGCAAUGAAAAUUUUAAAAACAAAUAGUUAGCAAGAGACAGAUAAUUUGAAACAUUCUGAUGUGCUUCAGUUAAUAAUUGUUUUUAAUUUGGAAGUUUAUAAUUUUUUUUGCAAUAUGAGCUGAAUUGAAAGCCCAGGGAGCAUUGUUACAAUGAGCUUUCUUUGCUCUCUUUGUUCAAACAUGUACUAGAGUGAUUUUAAUACACUUCUUUUGAGUUCUUGCCCUUCUGUGAAGUGCUGAGUGAGAAAAUAUUCAUUAACCCUUGGCAUGCCAUGCUUUACUAAUUACAUGCAUGAGUUUCAGAAAAGUAAACUUUGUUCCAGUUGGUGUUAUUGGUAGAAGUUGAACCCGAGGCUUAUUCGCUGAGUCAUCCUGUCACGUCUGCUGAAAAGCAGACAUUUAUGUAUGAUUGGAUUUGGCUCCAAUCCCCUUGGUUGCUUAGGUGGAGUACUCUUUUGCCAACCAUAGAGUCGCACAGCAUGGAUACAGAUCCUUCGGACCAACCAGUCAUGCCGAAUGUAAUUCCAAACUAAAUUUGUCCUACCUGCAUGCUCCUGGCUCAUAUCCCUCCAAACCUUUCCAAUUCAUGUAUUCAAACAAAUAUAUUUUAAACGUGUAAUUGUACCCACAUCCACCAUUUCCUCAAGAAGUUCGUUCCACACAUGAACCACCCUCCGUGUAAAAAAAAAAAAAAAAAAUUGCCUUCAUGUCUUUUUUAAAUCUCUCUCCUCCCAUCUUAAAAAUGUGCCCCCUAGUCUUGCAUUCCCUCAUCCUAGGGAAAACACAACCACCAUUAUCUCUGUCUAUACCCCUUAUUAAUUUAUAAACUUCUAUCAGGUCAACUCUCAAGCUCCUACGCUCCAAUGAAAUAAGUUCCAGCCUAUCCACCCCCUUUUUUUAAUAACUCAAACUUUACAAAUCUGGCAACAUCCUGGUAAAUCUCUUCUGAACCCUCUCUAGCUUAAUAAUAUCCUUCCUAUAACUGGGCGACCAGAACUGGAUACAGUAUUCCAGUAGAGGCCUCACCAAUGUCCUGUACAACCUCAACAUGACUUUCCAACUCAGGGAUAACUUAUAAAAACAGCACUGAGCCAGUACACUGGCCACUGGUCAGUUAAAUCUUCAAACAGUAUAUGGAAGCUAUGCACAAUGAAAGCAGAUGGUAGAAAAAUAUGAAUUUAGGGCAAGUAGAAAAGCUACAGUAAUAGGCCAUAAAUAAUUGAGAUUCUUCAGUAUAAGGUUGAACCUAACUUUCGAAUCACUGGAUAAGAGCAAAAGAAAAAGAUUUACAUUUGUAAAGCACCUUUUGCAACCUUGUGACAUUCUAAAGUGCUUUGCACCAAAUUGAAUACUUAUUAUAAAUGUUCACCGUUACAAUCUAACAAAUUUAGCAGUCCAGUUUGUAUACAGGAAACUCUCAAACACCAGUGUCAUCAUGACCAAAUAAUCUCUCUUUGUAAUGCUAGGUGAGAUAAAUAUUGGCUAAGACACACACCUCUUUUCAGUAUUACGAUAGCUGAGUAACAGAGAUUUUCUAUUAAUUACAAAAUCUUUAAGAAUUACAGUCACAAUUUUCCCGUGUGUGUGCACUGUUUUUGAGAACUGUUACAUGUCUCAAUUAAUGAAGCUGCUUCACACUGGGUUUCUUGGGACUGGCUGUGGUGUUGUCCUCUUACAAUGCUGCUGAACUGGAGCAGGUUGAGACUUGUUGGCUCAGUGUUCAUCAUAAUUCCCAAGAGUCUAGUUAUGCAGCACUGUGUUUUAUUUUGAAGCUGUUGAGUUUCUUCCUAAGGUUACAGCUAUAGGAGAUUACUGUGAACGAAAACAGUGCAUUUAACUCUGUGCCAUUUGCACAGUUUGUAGUCAACUGCUGUCAAGCUGAUAGAAACCUCUAAUCAAAUAAUUCUUAGCGCUGUGUAUUUAGUGAUGCAAUCAAAAUUGCUUCAGAUAGACAGUUAAGUGAACAGUAAGUGGUUUAAAAUUCCUUUGAACCCCAAUAGUUUCUUUUUAUAAUGAGGUUUGUUUUUCCAAAUUGAAUCUUUACCUUGAAUUUCUAUUAGAAACAAAUUGCAUUUAUAUAGCAUUAUUUUGUAAAAAACUUCCCAGGAGUCUUUAGAGUAGACAAGCAGCGCUUGUGACAGAGUUAGUAAAGGUGACAGGAUUGGAAAGGUUACAUAAACAUAGUUUAAAACGAAUAGUGGUUGAGAAAGGUAUCAGGUCCAUGUGCACUGUGCCGCAUAUGUUUAUACCUAGCCAAGUGGAUUCAUAAAGAAUUGCGAACAAAACUCACAGGGAGUACUGGGCAAUUAAGUACAACUGGUGUUUUCUCUUAUCUUCCAGGACUUAGCAAGCAUAUAUUGUACAUUCUAAUGUUCUGAAAAUGUGUGGCUUGACUAUCCAAUAUUGAAACAACUAAUAUUGACAUGUAAGAGAACAAUCUGUUCUCAAUGUCCAUUAAACUCUUCAGUUCUUCGUC